UUUUAAACGAAAAAAUAAAAUGUCGACGUAUUUAGAUUCUGUGACUAAAAAAUUUUCCGAAAACUUAAGCAAUGUGCUAAACGCCGGGGCCAUUCUUAUAACUUUCUUCGAAACGUGUCUCUUUCCGUUGGCUAUUUAUAAAUUGAUAGUGGUUGUGACUAAAUAUGGCAGUGUGUUUACUUGGUGGAGGCGGACUGAUGAUGCGAAGAAGUCGGUUAAAUCUCAGUUGAAGUAUAAAAUACAGUUACUUACGGUGGAGAAGUACGUUCUACCAGACUCUAAGAGAGUGGAGCAGAUUUCUCAUGUUAGUGUGAUAAUUGAAGAAGGGAAUGUCCAGUUAAGCUACUGUGGUCAAGAAUGCAGAAGGAUACCUCCAGCGUUACAGAAGAUGUAUGGAAACAAAGUAAAAUGUUUAGACCUAAGUUACAACUGUAUCGAAACUUUGAAAGGAUUGGAACAGUUCAGCCGGUUGGAGGAACUUAUAUUGGACAACAAUAAGCUGGGAGACGCUGUCUCAUUCCCAUACUUAUCCAAUUUAAAGACUCUAUCGCUCAACAAUAAUGAGAUAACGGAUCUAGAAGAGUUAGUAAACAAGAUAAGCAAGCACUUCCCAGCGCUGACAUACUUAAGUCUACUGAGCAACAAGGCGUGUCCCAACCAACUGUCCGACGUCGACAAAGAUGACUCAGACUACCAAAGAUACAGAUAUUACGUAAUAUACAUGUUACCGAACUUGCGGUUUCUGGAUUCCCGUCGGGUAUCGUCAGCGGAGAGGAAAGAAGCAGCGACGCGGGGCGAGUUUAUGCGUGUGCGAAGACCGCCGUCACAUGAAUUUAGCACUCCGUUCACACCUUCAUUGCAACCGAAACCUGCAAUGCGACCCUUGCCUUUGGACUUAGGUUCGUUAGGCAAACAUAGAGGGGCCUACGGUAAAUGCAGUUACAAGUACACAGGCAAGCAUUCGGAGGGUAACAGGUUCAUAUUGAAUAGUGAUUUAUAACAACAUUCCAAGACGCCAUAAUUAUUGUUAAUUCAAAAGUGCUAAUAGAAUAGUUAAGGUUAUUAGAUAAGUAAUGAUGCCAAAUUCCGACCAUAUUGAUAAGGAAAUUUAAAACCGUUUUGCAGAAUCAACAAGUUAAAAGUUGUUUUAAUUAAAUGCUGUAGUCAGCCAGUACUUAACCUGAUAUUCCAAGUCACGAGUUCACAUAGAAAUAGCUGAGCCGAUGAUAUAUUCAAAAGACCGAUUAAAAUUACUUUUGUUAAUUAAAAGUACUGAAGACUG